AUGAUGAAUUUCGCAGUAUCAUCAGUGAAAAACUGUCUCUUGGAGACAUCUAAAAUCUUCCAAAACAGUCUCAGAUUCGCCAGUAAAAAGACCAGUGGAAGUACCAAAAACACCAGUCCCAAAGUCAGACCAAAGCAUAGGGGAUGGAAAGUACAGGACGGUUUCUAUGUACAAGCCGGAAGAAUACUGGCAUUACAGCGCCAUUUGCGUUUCCAUCCAGGACUGAACGUGGGGCUAGGUAGGAAUGGAACAUUGUUUGCCAUCAUUCCUGGAAGAGUGAUGGUAACUUGUGAAAAGGCAGAUCCGAAUUGGGAGCACACAUGGGUGCAGAGGUGCCAUGGACACAGACAAGGGACCGAGUUUUACAAGAAGUAUUUCAAUGUUAUACCUUCACCUCAGCACAAGAAUUUCAAUUUGGUGGAUCAGAUUUAG